UUUCUUUUUAAGAGAGAGAAAAGGGGGGGGGAGAGACUAAUCGAUGAGAGAGAAACAUCCAUCAUCAUCUGCCUCCUGCACACCCCCUGUUGAGGAUUGAGCCCACAGCCCGGGCAUGUGCCCUGACCAGGAAUUGAACCUCUAGUUACAUGGGUUGGUGCUCAACCACUGAGCAACACCAGCUGGGCCAAACCUGAAUUUUUAAUAUAAUUGUAGUUAGUUUAAGUAGCUACAUGUGGCUAGUGGUUGCCAUAUUGGACAGCACAGUUCUGGACAUUUUACUGUUUUAGAUUUAGAUUUAAAAUCCAUCUGUAAUUGAUUUUUUGGUAGGUGGAGAGGGAUCAUUUUAUUUUCUUCUUGUAUAUAGAAAUCUAGUUGGCCAAUCACCAAGGAAAAGAGAAUCUUUCCUAGUUUGGCACUCCCAGUUUUGUAUCUCUGGUAUGUUUAUUCCCACACCAGCCACCACACUGCCUCUAGUAACUGGUCGAGGACAUACUUGUUUCUAGUCUUCAGAAGUAUUGUGGCCAUUCUUGGCCCUUUCCCUUUCCAGCUAAGUAUUAAAAGUAUCUCAAAUUCUCACAGAAUUACUUCCGAGAUUUUGAUUGGGGUUACAUUGGGUCUGUAUCCCAUCCAGUCAUAAAGAUGAUAUAGUCAUCCAUUUUAUGUAUGGCUUGCAUUUCUCUCAAUAAUAUGUGGUCAUAUUUUAUGUAAAGGUCUUGCACAUCUUUUGUUUUUUAUUCCUAGCUAUUUGCUAUUGUAAAUAAUACCGUUUUCGAAUUUUCUAAUUAUUGCUGGUAUAUUGAAAUACAGUUGAUUUUAUGUUAUUCUUAUAUCGAGCAACUUAAACUGAAUUAACUUAUUAAUUCUUAGAGAUUGUUUUGGAUUUUCUACAUACCCAAUCCUGUCAUUCAUAAAUAAUGACAGUUGCAUUUCUUUAUAACUCACACAUUUUAUCAUUUUAUUUCAUCUUGCCUUAUUGCAAUUACCAGAGGGACUCAAGAGCAGAAUCAGCACACUAUUUUGAAAAGGACCAGAUGAGGAUGAAGCCAAUUCCAGAAAAAUAGAAAUGAAGGUACAUAUGCACACAAAAUUUUGCCUCAUUUGUUUGCUGACAUUUAUUUUUCACCAUUGCAACCACUGCCAUGAGCCACAUGACCACGGUCCCGAGGAGCACCACAGACACCAUCAUGGACUGACCGAAUCGGAGUCGAGCAAAUUCUCAGAGCUGGAUGCUGCCAAAAAUGAGAAAAAUUAUUACAUUGAAAAACUUUUUGACCGUUACGGUGAAAAUGGAAGAUUAUCCUUUUUUGGUCUGGAGAAACUUUUAACAAACUUGGGCCUCGGAGAAAUAAAAGUAGUUGAGAUUAAUCAUGAGGAUCUUGGCCACGAUCAUGUUUCUCACUUAGAUAUUUUGGCAGUUCAGGAGGGAAAGCAUUUUCACUCACAUAACCACCAGCAUUCCCAUAAGCAUUUAAAUUCAGAAAACCAAACUGUGACCAGUGUAUCAACAAAAAGAUACCAUAAGUGUGACCCAGAGAAAGAGACAGUUGAAGUGUCUGUCAAAUCUGAUGACAAACAUACGCGCGACCGUAAUCAUCGGUUAUGUCAUCACCAUUGUUUGCGUCAUCACCUCGAUCAUAACACUACCCACCAUUUUUCUAAUGAUUCCAUUACUCACAGUGAGCGUGGGGAGACUAGCCAUGAGCCUUCAACAGAGACCAAUAAAACACAGGAACAUUCUGAAAGUAAGCCGCCAAAAGGAAAGAGGAAGAGAAAAGGGAAGAAUGAUGAAAAUUCAGAGGUCAUUACACCAGGUUUUCCCCCUAACCAUGAUCAGGGUGAACAAUACGAGCAUAAUCGGGUCCAUAAACCUGAUCGUGUACAUAACCCAGGUCAUUCUCAUGGACAUCUUCCAGAACAUAAUGGUCAUGAUCCUGGUCAUGGACACCAAGAUCCUGAUCCUGAUAAUGAAGGUGAACUUCGACACACUAGAAAGCGAGAAGCACCACAUGUUAAAAAAAGUGCAAUUUAUUCAGCUGCUAAUCACAAAGAUCAUAAUGAAGAUGACCGUCAACAUGAGUGUUUGAACGUCACUCAGUUGUUAAAAUACUAUGGUCAUGGUGCCAACUCUCCAAUCUCCGCUGAUCUGUUCACAUACCUUUGCCCUGCAUUGUUAUAUCAGAUUGACAGCAGACUUUGUAUCGAACAUUUUGACAAACUUUUAGUUGAAGAUUUAAGUAAGGAUAAAAAUACAGUUCCUGAAGAUAAGGCAAAUGUAGGGGCAUCGGCAUGGAUUUGUGGUAUCAUCUCUGUCACUGUCAUUAGCCUGCUCUCCUUGCUCGGUGUCAUCUUGGUUCCCAUCAUUAACCAAGGAUGCUUCAAAUUCCUUCUCACCUUCCUUGUUGCUCUGGCUGUCGGAACAAUGAGCGGAGAUGCCCUUCUUCAUCUACUGCCCCAUUCUCAGGGUGGACAUGAUCACAGUCACCAACAUGCACACACGCAUGGGCACGGCCAUGGCCAUUCGCAUGGACACGAGCCCAAGAAGUUUCUGGAAGAGUAUGAUGCUGUACUGAAAGGACUUGUUGCUCUAGGAGGCAUUUACUUGUUAUUUAUCAUUGAACACUGCCUUAGAAUGUUUAAGCACUACAAACAGCAAAGAGGGAAACAGAAGUGGUUUAUGAAGCAGAACACAGAAGAAUCGAGUAUCGGAAGGAAGCUUUCAGACCACAAGAUAAAUAACACACCAGACGCCGACUGGCUGCAGCUCAAGCCUCUUGCAGGAACGGAUGACUCGGUUGUUUCUGAAGAUCGCCUUAAUGAAACGGAACUGACAGAUUUAGAAGGCCAACAAGAAUCCCCUCCCAAAAAUUUCCUUUGUGUGGAAGAGGAGAAAACCCUGGGCCACUCUCGCAGUGACGGGUUCCAUACCAUUGAUGAGCGCGCGCUCCGUGCUGCUACACCCAACCACCACGACGAGAGUAAGACUGUGCUGAGGAAACACAGUCACCAGUGGCACCACAAGCAUUCUCAUCAUUCGCACGGCCCCUGCCACUCCGGGUCGGACCUGAAGGACACGGGAAUAGCUAACAUCGCCUGGAUGGUGAUCAUGGGGGAUGGCAUCCACAACUUCAGCGACGGCUUAGCCAUUGGAGCGGCUUUCAGCGCUGGGCUGACGGGAGGAAUCAGCACGUCCAUCGCUGUCUUCUGUCACGAGCUGCCACAUGAGUUAGGUGACUUUGCAGUCCUCCUGAAAGCAGGCAUGACUGUGAAGCAGGCGAUUGUGUACAACCUCCUCUCGGCCAUGAUGGCUUACAUCGGCAUGUUCAUCGGCACCGCCGUGGGGCAGUACGCCAACAACAUCACCCUCUGGAUCUUCGCCGUCACUGCCGGCAUGUUCCUCUAUGUGGCCUUGGUGGACAUGCUGCCGGAAAUGUUGCAUGGUGACGGUGACAACGAAGAACAUGGCUUUUGCCCCGUGGGGCAGUUCGUGCUGCAGAACUUGGGGCUGCUGUUCGGAUUUGCCAUCAUGCUGGUGAUCGCCCUCUAUGAAGACAAAAUUGUGUUUGACUUCCAGUUCUGACCAUUCCGGCGACCACUGUUGAUUACAGGAAGGCUCCCGUGCAGCUUGGCACCUGUCCUCGUACUGUGUGUGCGUUGCUCCAGGAGAGGUCACUGGCUUGCACCGCUUACACGUUCCGAGAUUUGAGCUGACUCGAGACUGGUGCUCUGUACUGUUCUCCCUGUGCAGAGGGGCCUUUUUAAAGUAUGUAAAGCUUGUGAUAGAGAAAGGAGAAAAUGGGACUCCAUGAAACAACGUUGGUGUAGGGUUAAGACUUCCACAAAAUAAUCAUAUAAAACACUAAAGUAGUCUCUUUAUUAGUAGAAACUUCUGUGGCUAUGCAGAAAUAGAAAUUGAACCAAAAAAAAAAAAAUCACUUAAACUUUAAAAUAUUUUAAAUGGACUUUGAACAGACUUUUCUUUGUGCUAAAAAUGACUUGUAGUGUCCUUUAAUUCAGCUACAUACAUACAUGUGGUAACAGGGAUCAACUGACUCAGAUUGCAUACGUAGAUUCUAGGGCCCAGAGGAGAGCUCAGGCCACAGUAGGGUGUGGAUUUAGCAUUGGGAAAAGUCCUUAUUCUUGAAUCUAGAGUUACUAUUUUUGUAUAUAUUUACAUAGUGUUUAAACUC